AUGAUGGCUCCAUACGCAACAGCUCCAACGGCAGAUCCAGCAACAAUUCCUGCAAUCUUGCCGCCUUUGACAGUGACGGAUCCAGACUGCGUUGAUUUUCCGCUGUACGAGUCCAUGGAUCCCAGUCCACUGUCACUUCCGUUGUCGUUACCUUGGUCAGAAUUAGCGCCUCCGGUACCACUCUCACCAGUAGAGGCAGUUCCAGUUCCAAUAACUCCCAACAAUCCACUCAAAGGAACCUUGCUGUCAAUCAAUGCUGCAAGGGAGCUCUCGGCAUCGUUAGGGUUGUGA